AUGCCGAGUAUUCGUUUAUUUGGUCGUCGUUUUAAUUUUGCUUCUGAUGAUUUAACAAUACCAUCAUUAAUUGAUAUUAUUCUUCGAUUACCAUUGUUAGUAACUUUUAUUAUCUUUCGUAUAAAAGAUGAAUCACCAAAUUCAACAUGUCCAUCAUCAUUUUAUAAUGGUUAUUUUUAUCCACUUUUAAGUGUUUAUAUAGCUAUAACAAUAUCAGCAGUAUUCAUAUGUUUUAUUAGUACACGAGGAUCACCUUUAAAAAAUAUUCGACCACGUCGUCAUAUGCCAUUAUUAAUUUAUAUAAGAUUAUUUCUUGUUUUAAUUGAUAUUGGUAUUAAUAUAAUGGGUUCAGUCAUAAUAAUAAGAGUAUUUCAAAUGUGUGCUAUUAUUUUACGUGCAACAAUUAUAACAACAAUUGUUUUAAGUUGGAGUGUUGCUAUAGCAUUAUUUAUAAUAUUAGCUUUUUUUAUUGAUUUAACUGGUUUUGUUAGUGCUGAAAAAAAAUGGGAAAUGAGAAUAAGAUUAAUUUUUUGUUGUGGAAGAGGUUAUGGUGGACAAUCAUCAGAUAUUAAAAAUAUUGUUAAAACUUUACAAUAUUUAUUUGAUGAUGAAAGAUUUGAUCUUGUACCAAGUGAUGUUGCUGCUGGUCUUAUUCUUUUACAACAAGAAGAUGCAAUUGAAGAACGUUCAGUUAAUAUUAUACAAAAUGUACCUUUAGAAUUACUUAAAGAAGGUCUUUAUUAUAAUACUUAUGCACAAUCUGCUUUUGGAUGGACAAUUGGUUUUUGUUGUGGUUGUUGCACUUGUUGUGCAUCUUGUUGUGGAAAUCAAGAUAGUGUAAAUGAUCCAUGUGGAAAUCAAUAUAAUACACUAAGAUAUUUACUACGUAGACAAAACCCUAUCAUAUUAUAUGCUAAUUUUCAUGGUGCAUUUCAUCGCGCUCCAUUUUAUAUAGCAGCUGAUAAUGAAAAGAAAACAAUAAUUGUAUCUAUUCGUGGAACAUUAAGUGCAACUGAUGUACUAACUGAUAUAAAUGCUGUUGAAGAUGUUUUAGAAACAGAAUUAUUUGGUAGUGGAUAUUGUCAUAGUGGUAUGCAUUCAGCAGCUAAAUAUAUUCUUGAUGAUAUAUCAACACGUUUAAAUGAUAUAUUUACUAAAUAUCCUGAUUAUAAAUUAAUUAUAUGUGGUUAUUCACUUGGUGCUGGUAUUGCAUCGAUUCUUAGUAUUCAAUUAAAAUCUAAAUAUCCACAUUUAAAAUGUUAUGGAAUAGCUAUGCCUGGUUCUGUUUUAUCAGAAAAUUUAGCUUUAGCAACACGUGAUUUUAUUUAUUCAUAUGUUGUUGAUGCUGAUAUGAUAGGUCGUGCAUCAAUGCGUUCAUUAGAACAUUUACGUGAUCGAAUAAUUGAUGCAUUAAGUAAAUGUAAUCGAAAUAAAAUACGUUUAUUAACAAUGACACUUGCACGAACAUUAAUUAAACGUGGACAAACUUUUCAUUCAAGAAAUAAUCGUACACAAUCAUUAAUUGAUAAUUCAGUAACAAAUUCAAUAAUACCAACCGAUGUUAAUCCGUCAAUUUCACAAUUAGUUUUAACUCAUCAUUCUGGUGAACGUGUACAUUUAGUUUUGCCUGGAACAAUAAUACAUUUAUAUUCAACAGAUCGUGUUGGAUUAUUUUCACGUGGAAUUUCUUAUCGUGCUGGUAUAACUACAUAUGAUCAAUUUUUUCAACUUAUUGUUCAUCCAAGAAUGUGGCUUGAUCAUUUUCCUGCAUCAUAUAGCACAGCAUUAGCAGAUAUUAUUGAAAAUUAUGAACAAAUUUCACAACAAAUAGCUUAG